UAUAGAUAUAAUAAAGACAUUACGCCUUUGAAGUUCCACAUGAAGGGCCACCACCAAAAAUGGCUCUGUCUUUUGAUGUAAGAGUUAAAAGGCCAAAAUAUGGGGAAGAAAAAACUGAAUAAAAUCCAGAAAUAUUAAGGAAUGAGGAUGACGAAAAAAACAAUGAGGUGGAGAAUGAACUUCGAACUGUGAUUAAGAACGUCAAACUGUGGAGGGUAGUGUUACAGGUCCCCAUGUACAGCCUGUCAGAAAUUGGUUUUAUUAAUAGAAGAAAGGCCAAAUAUACACAACUAUAUAAAGUGGACAAUCCUCUAUAGUCCUUGCAAGUCUGGCUGUUACAAUGAACCAGCCAAAGCCAGAGGGGCAACGUCAGUCCGUAAUUACUGCACCUGUUGAUCAGCAAAGCCACAGUAGGCAAUUUGGGCUCCAACAGUUUGUCCCUGAGGGAGCUGGGGUAUAUAUGACUAUACCCAACCAACAAGUACCACAGCCUCCACCAGGUGGUCAUUUUCAGCCCCUGCCUGGGCAGGCAUGGAACUGGUUGCCGCCAACACCGCAGUCAACACUAAACGUCCCUGUUUACAUUGGAGACACGAGGGUCGGUCCACAAAUGAAUGCUCCUGGAGGGGACUUCACUGCCUACCAGCUGCAAAAACCCAGCUCCAGUCUUCCACAGGGGGUGGCUGGUAAUGCCAUCGCACAUAGCUCCAAGAAAUCCACAGUGGAUGAUGUACAAAGGAGAGAAUUUCGCUUGAUGAAGAACAGGAUGGCCGCCCGGGAGUGUCGACGGAAAAAGAGAGAACAUCUCAAAUACCUGGAAGAUCGUUUGGCGGUGCUAGAAAAUCAAAACAAGACUCUGAUUGAGGAGCUCAGAGUCUUAAAAGACAUGUGUCAGCAAAAAGCGGAAUAAAUAACUUCACAGCUACAGUAAAGCAUGACAGCGGGAUUUCAACAUAUGGUUGGAAUAUGGACUUCAUGGAAUCAUGACUCUGCCGACUCAUCUGAGGAGUAGUGAAAGUGUGAUGUCACUACCUGAAAACAAGUUUCACAAUUUCACACUGGGGCUUUAACUCUGUUUCUUUUGUUUCUGUUUUAAAUGAAACACUCCUGGAUGAAUUUAGAAAUGCAUGCAUGACAUAUUUAUACAUUACAUAUUUCUUCUACUCUAACUUUCUUAUUGAAUGUUUUCCACUGUUGUCUCUUUGUUACCACAAUGUAUUUGUAGAUUGUUAAUCUCAAUAAAGUCCUUGCUUAUCUGUA